AUGAAAAAAAAAACACGUUUACCAAGAUCUAAUAACCCUUGGGAAAGCGUGAAAAGCCUAAAAACUUGCGAUGUUGAUCUGUUAUUUUCCUAUGAUUUGAGCAAAGGUGUUAAUAAUAAGUUUGUUUCUUUUGCUCUUAAUUUAUUAUCGGUUAGUAAAAAAUAUGAUUUAAUAUUUAUAAGUUACGACCAAUAUAUUCACAUAUACGAAUUAAAUAAACUUAUAGAUAAUAGUAAAUAUUAUAGAAAUGAACAUUAUAAUAGUGAUAAAUCGAAGAGUAUUAAUAGUUUUAUAAAAUAUGGAAUAGAAAAAAGUAAUAAGUCUUUUAGUAAUUUGAAUAAACUUAAAUAUGCUUACGACGAUGUUAAAAAGUGUUUAGAUUUAAAUGAAUGUUGUAUUCCUUUUCCUUCAAUAAUAUUAUCUCCAUAUAUGCAUUCCAAAGGAUAUGUUAAUAUAAAAUGUGAAGAACAUAAAAAUUAUGAUAAAAGCUUAUUAAUAUCAGUUGGAUGGUCUGAAGAUACGAAUGUUUAUUAUAUUGACAAAAUUGCAGAGUGCAUAAAUAUUAAAAAUAAUAUAAAAUACUUAUUAGAAAAAAAUAUAUAUGAUAUGACGAGAUAUGAACAAAACGAUUUAAAUAUUAAUGAGAAAUACCACCUCAAUAUGGGUAAUAGUUUUUUUCAAAGUUUUACUGAUCCAUAUCAUUUUUUAAAAAAAAUAAAAAUCGACGAAGAUAAUUUUAUAUUAAAUUUAUUAUAUAAUAAUGAUGAUAACAAAAGCAAUGCUAACAACAUUUGUAAUGGUUAUGAUAAAUAUGGUGAUGCCUUUGAAUUGUCCUCAAGUUUGAAUAAUUUUGAUUAUUUAAAAAACACUGAAAAACAGAAAAGGAAUUGGCGUUUAUACAAGUUGGCAAUUCAACGUAAGAGGAAAAGAACAAAAAAAAACACACACACUAAAUUAAAUCAAAUAAAAGGGUUAGAGAAAAAAUUAGAUAAUACUAUCAUUGACCUUGAAAAUACGAAGGAUAAAAAUAAAUUGACUAUAUUAAACUUUUACAAUACUGCAAAAAAAAAAAAUGGAAUAUGUGUAUACAAAAAACGAAUCAAUAAAAUUGAAAACCGAUUAUUUAAUAAAAACGUGUCUCUUAAUAUAAGCCUAUAUAGAAGGAAUUAUAAAUAUGCUUCACAACAUGAAGAAACUAUGAAUAAUAGUAUUUAUAUGAGCACCAUAACUGAUGCAAUAGAUAUAAAUUCUUACAAUGUGAGAAAAAAAAGAAAAAAAAAGGGAAAAAACCAAACAAAGUUUCGAGUAAGUGACAUUUAUAGUAGUCUUGAAAGUGCUGAAGAAGAGGCAGAAGAAGAUGAUGAAGAGUUAGAUAAAAAAGGAAAUAGAAAUUCAAAAAAAUUUAAAAAAUCAUAUAUGAAAUUUAAAAAAUUAAAUCAAAAUUACGAUUUAAAGAAUGGUGAAUCUGAUAUAGAAGAAAUUACAUUUUAUAAAAAAUAUCAUGGUGAUACUUAUGUGGGCUAUAAUUUGAGAAAUAAUUUACACAUCGAUGAAAAAAACAGUUACAUAAACACAAUUAGAAAUGAAGAUGAAUUUUUUAAUGAAUAUAUAAAAUCUUCUGAUGACGAAGAUGAAUGUAGUAGUAAAUACAACAGUAUCAUGAUGAAUGAUUAUAGAAAAAAAACAAAAAACAAAGAAAACGAAAGCGGAGGAAAAUACGUGAUAAGCAAUAUGAACACUUCUUCUAAUGCUAGUAUAUUUAAUAAUAAAUGUUUAAAAGAGGUGAUUAAAGAAAAAACAAGUAAGAGAAAUAAUAUUACUGGAAAAAAUGUAAUAGAUAAAGAUGUUUAUAUAAGGGAUAAUCAAGUUGAUGGAAACGAUCGUAGCAUUGAAAAUGUAAAUAGUAUAUCACAAAUGAAAAAGCAAAAAAUGCAAGAAAAUAUAAAGAAAUUAAAAAUUAUAGAUAAAUAUAUGAAGGGGUAUAGAGAACAUAUAAAGAAAUUAGAUAAAAUAAAAGAGGACAGAAAAAAAAUUGUUAAUUUUUGGAAAUUAUAUAUAAAAAAAGAAUAUUAUAAUGCAUAUAGUAAAAAAUUAGAAUCAUUUUUAGAUCCAAAUAAUAAAAUAAAAUAUCAUAGUAUAUGGAAUCAAUUUGAUAUAUUUUCAUUUGAUUUAUUUAAUUUGGGAUAUUAUGAUCAAAUAUUAAAAUCGUCUUAUUUAUUUGUCGAACCAGAUAUUGUAUUUAAUAACAAACAUUGUUGUAAAUCUGAUACAUCAACUUGGGCUAUUUCUUUUAAUUUUGCUAAAAAUUUAUUAGCAAUUGGUUCAAAUACACAUAAUAUAAAUAUAUAUAAUUUGAAUAACUUUUACUAUUUUAGAAAGAGGUACAACUAUGAUGAAGCAACCAAAUUUUUUAAAAGCACUUUUAUCGAUAAAAAAAUUGAAACAAGUAAUUUAUUUGGAAACGGCUCUAAAUGUUUAUUAGAAGCCUGUAAUAUAAGUGAUGAAAAUGUUUUUUUUAAAAAAAGACUAAAAGAUAAAAAGUGUAGAAAGAGAAGAAUUGACGCGAGCAAAUGGGAAAAUACAAAUAAAGGAAAUAAUACUAAAUGUCAUGACCUUGACGAUAUAGACGAUAUUUGGAUUAAUAUAGAUGGAGAAAAUUAUAAUAAAAGUAUGAAAAAAAUAUGUGAAGAUAAUUACAAUAGUGAAGAAGAAUCAAUGUUUAAUAGGAAAUAUGAUGACAUUUUCGAAAAAGACGGAAUAAAUAAUCUAUUAAAAAGAAGAAAGAAAAAAAAACAAAAUAGAACUAACUUUAACAGUGAUAAUGAAAGUGCGAUGGAAAAACAACAUGAAGUAAAACAUUGUAUAAACGAAACAAACACGGGUGCACUAUACAAAAAUAGCUAUAUACCGGCCAACUUAUUAAUACUAUUUAAUAGAAGACGAGAAGUUUUGAAAAAUAGUUUAUUAACAAUAUCAUUUAAUUUUCCUAGAGAUUCAAUUAUGCUUUUUCUAAAAGAAACAAAUUUAGGGGAUGAAAUUUGUAAAAUAAAAUGUAAAAGAAAAUAUAAUACUAAAAGUAUAAUAAAAAAUAUGAGAAAUUUAUAUAGUAAAAAGCAUGAAUCCAACGAAUGGGAUAAUUUAAAAUUAUUUAGUAUCCAUACAUUGAUAAAUAAUAAUUAUUAUUAUUUAAAAAAUUGGUAUAUUAAAUAUUUACGUAACAAUGUUAUAUUAAAAAUAAAUAAAAAGUAUUUCUUAAUGCAGCAUAAGAAAAAUUCGAAAAAAAUAAGUUGUGGGCAAAAGUGUAGUAAUAUAAAGGAAGACAUAAAUAAAUAUAUAUUUAGUGAUGAAUAUAUAAAUAAAUAUUUUAAUACCAUCUAUAAUUCCCAAAAAAAAUGUUUUAAUUUUAUGGAAAAGGAAAAGAAGUGUAUUAUAACAGAAUGUUUUGAGAAGAAAGAUGAAAAUUGCUGGAAAUUUUGCAAUUGCUUAAAAUGUGAUAAAAACAAAAAGUUGUUGCUAUAUACUAAUAUAUAUAGCUAUAAAUACGCAAACGAAGUAUUGAAAAGUAUAUGCACCAAAUUUAGAAAGUUUAUUAAAGAAAGACAUGAUUUUAAUUUUCUAAACACAAAUAAAUUGUGUUCCAAUUUAAAUGAUAUAUUUAUAGUUUUGGAUAAAGAUCAGACAAAGGAAGACAUAUAUAAUUAUACACAUGUAUCUCAAAAAUAUAUUAAUAAUCUAAAAACAAUUAUAAGCAAUAUACAUACACAUUCUAUAUUGGGAAUAUGCUCAAAUUGUGAACAGCAAAGCUCAAUUGUGAACAAAUAUACAAAAGAAAACGAAGAACUACACAAAUCUGAAUUGUAUAACAAAAAAAUUUUAAUAAUUUGCGAAUUACGUGACCAUAAUAGUAACAUAUUAGACAAAAUAUUAUUAACAAAUGAAACAAUAGAAGAAAACGUUGAUUUUUUUUCUGCUUCAUUUUCUGGAAGUGAAGAUGAUGAUCUAAUCAAUAAUGAUGCUUUUCCAUUCCAUUUAAAUAAAAAAAACAGAAACCGUAGCAAUACAAAUAAUGAUAGGAAUAACGAUAAUUCGAAUGAUGAAGAGAAUGAAAGAAACGAAAAAUUUGUAAGGAAUAAAAAAAAAAAAAAAAAAAGUUUUAAAAGAGGAAUUGGAAAUAAAAGACAUUUAAGUGGAAUUCUAAAUCAAACUAUUAAAAUGGAAAUAUUUGAAUUAAUUAAAUAUAAACCCAAAACAAUACCAAAAAAUAAUAAAAAUAAAUUACGAAAACAUAAAUUUACAAAUAUUAUUAACAAUAAUUCUUCAUUUAAUUCAGAAUCCGAUUCGAAAGAAAGUAGUUCAUCACAAUUUAGCAUGCAAAUUAAUAAUAAUGUAGAUUAUUUGACCUAUCAUGCAUUGCGCAUGAAUAAUAAUAUGGACAAUUUUGAAAAUGCAGACAUAUUGAACGAUAUAGUUAGUAACAAUAAUGAUAAUGAUGAUAAUACAAAUGAAUAUGAACUUAAUACAAGUCAAACCAUAAAUAUAAAUGUAAUUAGCGGGACUCGUAGAAUGUUUAGAGGGGAAUAUAAUUAUGGAUUUUCUAAUAACGAGGAAAUGAUUGCUCGAGCAUUAAAUAAUUUUCGAAUUCUUAGAACUGGACUUUUUAAUAAUUCUAGAAAUGAUUCUACUAAUAAUUCCAAUGACAAUAAUUUAGGAUCAAAUAUGGUAAAUCAAAAUACUAAUCAAAUUGUUAGAGAGUCACCAAAUAAUUCUCAAGGAGAUUCAAUAGUUGGUGCUAACAACCCCAACGAUUCUAAUAAUGCUUAUAUCUCCACCAAUUGGAAUCCUCCCCAUUUAAACAUUUUUCCUAAUAUAUCCAUGUAUGAAUAUUUAAAUAAUGUAAGCCCAUCAGAGAAUGCAUCCAAUUUAAACGUGAGGACUACAAAUGAUAAUAAUGAAAGUGAAAAUAAUAUAAAUACUGAAAAUGAUAAUAUAAUCAUGAAUGCAUAUACAACUCCAAAUAUAAAUAAUAAUUUGAAUUCCGUUGAGGAUAGUAAUGCAUAUGUAAGAGGAAACUAUGAUGACGAAUUAAAUAACAAUAAUUAUGCUUAUAAUAAUGUAAAUUAUGAUGUAAAUGGAAAUAAUGUAAACAUUCGAAAUAAUCUUUCAAAUGAUAUUUCUAAUCUCAUACAAUUAAAUAAUACCAACGAGUUGGUUUUUCUUAAUGUUGUAUAUAAUAAUGCUUCGGAUAAUGGAGUUGAAAAUACUGAUAGAUUCCCCAUUUUUCAUUUAACCAAUGCAUAUUUAAAUACAAAUGUUAUGAACAAUGUUGAAAGAAAUAUGAUAAAUAAUUCUGUUCACGAAAACAAUAUAGAUAUAAAUUCCGACAAUAUCGUUGUUGACAAUUUUGUAGGCAAUAUGGAUGAUAAUGUCGAAGAUUAUGUUGAGAGCUCAAAUGAUAAUUUGGAGGGUAAUGUCUCAAACGAUUCAAUAAAUAACACAGGUAGUAAUAUAAGAGGAAAUACAGGAAGUUUAUGGGGGAGUUUAUUAAACAGAGUGAACACAAACAUCAACAACCAAGUAGCAAGACCGAACCUACUUAGUCUUAAUAAUGUAAAAAAUUUAAUAAUAAUGGAAAGUUUAAAUCGUUUAAAAAAUAAAGUCAAAAAAAUGAAUGAAAUAAACAAAAAGUUUAGUGAAGUUCCAUUUAAAUUAACUCAUAUUACUGAAUUAAAAAAAUAUGAUGCAAAAAUUAAAUAUGUAUAUACCCUAUCAAAAAGUGCAGAUGAAAUCUUUAUGAAUUAUAAUAGUAUGAGUAAUUCAGAUUUACAGUACAAUUUUGUUAUUAUAUGUGAGGGAGUUCAAGAAAAAAAUUUAAAUAGACAUGCUUUUGUAAAGAAUAAAAAGAGAGAUGAAAAGGAUAUAAUUCAAGUAAAUGAUGCAAACUGUUAUUUUAAUAGUUCAGAUAAAUUACAUGAAACUGAAGAAAAUGAUAAGGAUAGCCCCUUUAUAAAAUCCGAAGGGGAUUAUGAAAACUCAAUAAACAGUAGCAUGCUUCGUAAUAUGAAUUCAGAUAGUUUCCAAAAUGAUGAAAACGACACUUUUAGAAAUGAUGUAAAAAGUUAUAAAACUGAGGAAAAUUACAAAGACUGUAUUGGUAUUGAUUUGUUUGCUGGUGCAAAUGAUUCGAAGAAGUUUGAUGAAUUAGGAGAUAAUGACGCACUAAAAAUGGGGAGCGAUCAGAAUAAUGCUUAUAUACAUACAUAUGAUAAAUCAGAUGAAUCUUCUUAUUAUUCCUUUUCAAGUAGUACGGAAAGUGAUUUUAGCAAUAUCGAAGAAACAUCAUGCGAUGAAUGUCCUGAAUGUGAGGAACAUUCACAUUUAUUUUAUAAUCAUAGAAGUAAUGUAAUAAAAUUUAAAUCUGCGUAUAAAUUUAUAAAAGGUAAAUACUCUAUUUUAUUUACAAAUAAUUUCAAUGUAGACGUAAAAAGUACAAAAAAUGGAGAUAUCAGAAAAUAUUAUUUAAAGCAAAAUUACUCCGAAAAAAAAUCUAUCAACCCCCCAAAAAAAAAACGUAAAGAAGCGAAACUUGUGGUUCUACAUAUGAAGGAUUUUGAUUACAAAUCAUGUGAUACUUCAAACGAAAAUGAAAUAAAGAGUGAAAAUAUUAGAAGCAUAGAAAGUAGCGAAUAUAGCGACGAAUGUAAUGACAACGAUGAAAUCGUGAUAGAUUCAAAGUGGAUACACAAAGCUUUAUUGCAAGAAAAUUAUUACGAAUGCAAAGAAGAAAAAUGCGACGAAAAGAAAGCGAAGGAAGAAAAAACUAAUAAACAAAUUAAGGAAGUUUUCGAAAAAAUCAACAACAACGAAACAAAGAAAAUAAAUGAAUAUGUGAAUGACAAGGAAAAUGAUAUAAAUGAUUGGACCAAAAACAAAUUAAAAUUGGAAAAAUUAAAACGAUAUUACAAUUGUAAUGUGAGUUCUUUGAUUCAAUAUAAAUCAAGAGAAAUAGCAAAAUACUUAUUUGAUGAAAAAAAUAUAAAAUAUUUUGAAAAUUUUUUUACUUGUACAUUAUUAAAAAAUAAUUUUCGAGACAAAAUAAAAAAUAGAUUAGAAAAUGAAGAAAAAAGUUUAGAAAAUGAAAUUAUAUCAACCUACUCAAAUGUUAGUUUUUAUACAUCUGACUGGUAUGAUAUAUUUUAUAAAUUUAUUUUUGAAACAUCGCCUAGAUUUUGUGAAAAAAUUAUUAAGCAUCAUCAACAUAAUAUACCUUGUGUUAAAUUUUCUCCUGAUGAUCGAUUUCUUUUGUCUUGUUCUGUUGAUAAAUCUAUUGUUUUAUGGAAUAUAUUUAAUACAAAAAAUGAAUAUUUAGAUAAAAACUAUAACAUAUAUGAUCAUAUUUUUCCAUCACAAAGAUAUGAGGAUAGCUAUCACAAAAAUAAUGAGGGAAUUUUUGUUAUAAACAAUGGAUUUGAAUAUAAUACUAAAAUUGAAGAAUUAAAAGAAAAGGGUAUAGGAAUAGAGAAGUAUUGUGAUUAUCUUUCAAGAUAUAAAAAUUGCCCAAAUGUGUUAUCAAAUAUAUUUGUAAAAACGAACAAUAUAAAGAAAAAGAUAAUCUUUGAAAAACCUUUUCAUAAAACAAAAAUGUAUAAAUUUAAAAAAGAGACAGAACUUAUUGAUAAAAUUAAAUCAAGUAAUAUUGUAUGUAAACAAAAUUUAAGCAAUAUGGGUUGGGUGUGUGAUUUUGUUAUAAAAAAAAAUAUUCCCAAAUUUGAUUUUUUAAGUGAGUUGUUUCAAAAUUGUUCACAAUUCGAAGUAACAUCGUCCUAUAACUAUUCUAUUUAUUAUCAAUGUGCUGAUAAAGCAAUUAGUAACUUUUUACCCCUAUUUGAAAAAUAUUCUAUUUUUCAGUUAUUUAGAAGCUCAUUUUUGUGUAUAAGAAAAAAAUCCAUCUCAGAUGAAUAUACAAAACAAGAAGAAUUAGGUAUAUUAUGUAUGAAAAGUCAAAAUAACCAAACAACUGUUUUAGAAAAGAAUAUUAUAAAAUACUUGUAUAAAAUUGGAAUGAAAAGACAACAAUAUUUCUUAGAUGGUAAUACAAAAAAUGUAAUAAAUAUAUUGGUAGGAAAAAAUAUAAAUAAUAAAUAUUCAAAGAAGAAAUUAAAAAGGAUAUAUAAAGCAAUGAAAUACAUUGCCAAAAAUUUAUUAAAACCAUAUAUUUUAAUCAAUCCUUCACGAAAUAGUAAUUCUUAUAAUAAAGAAAAAUUAGUAGAACUAAAAGAGGGAAAUUUAAAAUGCAAUUCAUGUAUUUUAACGGAUUAUGAUUUGGAUUAUUCAACUAACGAUGAACAAACAUCUUAUAAAAAUUUAAAAGGCGAAAUAAAAUAUGAUUAUAAUUUUUAUACUUAUAUUAAAAAUAAAAUGCGAAAAAAAAAAUUGGAGUAUAGAAAUAUGCAAAAAAAUGGAAUAGACGAUUUCACUUAUCUAUGUGAACAAGAACCAAAGAACAAAUUGCAAUCAGAUAAUUCUUCUAUUUUAUCUGAUGAAGGAAUAGAAGAAUUUUUCAAAAAUAAUGAUAAUGUGAAUUCUGAAAAUUGUAAUAAUAAUAUUAAUGAGUAUGAUAACCGUUUCGAUAUUAAUAGGAUGGAUAAAAUGGAGGAAGAAAAGGAGAAAACGAAGAAAAAAAAAAGUGACAAAAAAAAAAAACAAACAGAUGAAAAUUUUGAUACAGAUUAUGUAAAAAGGAUUCAAUUUGAAAAAUCUGUAAUUUACAAACAUAUAUGUAAAAUAAAAAAUGAUACAAGUAUGCGAUUUUUAUCAAAAGAAAAUAAAAGAAUUAAAAAUAUGUAUGACAUUAAUUUUUCAAAAUGGAAAACAAUAUUAGAAAAAUUAAUGAAUCAAUAUAGUGAUAUGAAACUUUUUAGACAUAUAUAUAACCAUAUAAAACAAAAGAUUAUUAAUAAAAACGUGAAAAAAUAUUUACUAACGAAACAAGAUAUAUAUUUUAAUUUCCAUAUAACUAGAAAUUAUAAAGAUUCAAAAAUUUUGAACGAACUAUUAAACAAUUAUUCUACAUAUUUUUAUGAUGAAAUUGAAAGUAGAGAUAAAGAUGGCAGUGGAGAAAAAUCCAUUGAUAUUAAAAAUAUGAAUAAGCAUUUUUAUUCUUAUUUAAAAUUAAAAAGAAAUUUAUAUGAUACAAAUAAAUGUGCAAUUUAUUCAUCGAAUGAAGAAAAAAAUUGUUCUAUUGAAAUGAAUAGAAACGCGCAAUUUAAAAAGUUGGAUUAUAACAGGAAUAUGUCAGCAAAUGCACAAAAUAUGUGUUAUACAAUUAUAUUAAAAAACAAUUUGGAAAAUUUCCAUAAUGUAAUAAAUAAUAUUGUUAACAUUUCAAAUCGAAACAAAAUAAUAAAUCACCACAAAUAUUUUCGAUUAAACUGGGCUUUCAAUUGCGACAAUUAUACUUAUAUAAAAAGAGAAAUAAAAAAAUUAAAAAACAAAAAAAAAACCACCAGUGAAAUUAAUGACGAUAAUGAUAAGAAAUGGUACAAAAAGGGAGAAAUUUUUGAAGAAUUUUUCAACGAUUUUGAUAAAUUAGAUUUAAGAUAUUCCAGAAACGGGGAAUAUAAUGAGAAAGAUGCAUGUUUGGACACAAAAUUUAAUUAUUCUAAAAAGUUAAAAUCUGGAAUAAAAAAGAGCAAAUUGAAAAAAAAGACAAAUAAUAAUAUAGAGGAGGCGCUAAAAGAAAAAGCAAAAUAUAAUAUAUGCUAUUUAAGUUCAAAAAACGAAAAUUAUAAACUUAAUUAUUUCUACAAUUUAAAUGUUUUACAAAGUUUGUAUAAGCAUUGUGGGAAAGGUCUAAUUGUUGUGAAUAUGCAAUAUUACAAAGGAAUGAAAACGGAAGAAGAAAAAAAAAAUAAUAUUACAAAUCAAAAUUCUAAAAGCACAAAUAACAAACGUGGUGAAAAUGUAAUAUUCGAUAUUGAUAUAUUUGUUUGCAAGGAAAAAUUUGAUGAUAAAACUGAGGUAGAACAUAUAGGGGAGAAGAAAAAAUCCCAAAUAUUUAAAACGAUUAUUUUUAUUAUAAAGGUUAAUUUAGAGGCUUUGAAGAAAUAUGUAAUGAAAAAAAUUAUUUUUGAACAUAAAUAUAUUAACAAUAAAUUUUAUAUUAAUGUAAAAGUUAUGAAAAUAUUUUACUUGACGACAUUACGAAAUUGGGAUUUAAGAAAUAAAAAGGAUGAAAAUGUGUUACACAAUGAAAAGGUUAAGAAAAAAAAUAUAUUAAAAUCACAUUUAUCAAAGGAAGAAUAUAUAUUUUUUAUAUAUUUAACGAAAAAUUUAUUUAAAAAUAAAUAUAAACACUCACUGACAAAAAAGUUAGUAUAUAAAAACGUCGUAAAAAUUAUUCACUUAAUUUUCAAUGCAAAGUCUAUCAACAUAACAAAAAAUAUAAUUAAAGAUCCGAUUUUUGAACUUACCAAUAUUGAUGAUGCAUCUAUAUUGAGUAACGACAUGUUUAGUUCUACAUUUAAACUAUUUUUCUCCUUGUUAACCCCGAAAAAAAAAUAUAUACUUAUAUUAAACAUUUCAAUGCUAAGAUUUUUAUAUUCUCAUAUUAGUGAUUCAGUAGAAAGUAUGAGAAAAAAAAAGCAAAAUUAUUAUUAUAAAAAUGAUACAUGCCAUUGCAAAAUGGAUGAAAAAGAAAAAUUUCAGACAAUAAUAAAUAACGAAGAAAAGAAACAAUUAAAUAAUUAUUUAAUAUUAUCAGCUGAUAAAAAUAAAUUAUAUUUGUUAAAAAUCCACUUCACAAAAUUAACUAAUUCUUUUUUUAGUGCAAAAUUCGUACCAAUAGUUGUUCAACGUAUACCACAAGAACAUAAAAUAUUAGGAUCUUUUAAAUCAUCACGUAUCAGUUUAUUAAAAAUAAUUAAUGAAAAAUCAUGUAUCAUCUUAGCUAAUCAGUAUAGUAAUAUGAUACUUAUUUAUUUUGUCAAAAAGUGCAUAUAUACUAACUCUUUCUUUUUGGUACCUUAUUGUACUAUCCCCCUAUAUACUGAAAAAAUAGUUAGGCUUGCUAUUCCGGAUUUUAAUAGGAACAUUAUAUAUGGAAACAAAAAACAAAUUUUAAAUAAUAUAAAUUAUAACUUCAAAAAUAUAUUGACGGGAAACGAAAAAGAUACUAAUGAGGAGAAAAAUUUUUAUAUUGCUGGACUUGAUGUUGUAUAUGUAAAGAGCGGCGAGAAUGAUUUUAUGAUAAACAUAUAUGCAAUUUUGCUAAGUAAUAUUAUGUUUUGUUACAAAUUGAACUUUAGCUAUUACUAG